GAGUCUGUGUGUUUUUCCCAGGGCGCCCCGCGCUGCUGUCAUGGCCGCCUCCAUGGGCUGGUAUCCGCAUGUGGGGUUCUAGCCUGUGAGUGUAUCCACAGCAACGGUCACCGCUGGACUUCGGCGUCUCUGGACCCUCCUCCUUUCAUUUUCUUUUGAGGGUCCUGUGUGACCCUUUUGGAAAUCGUUUUGGCUGCGGCAAUGUCCGGAGUGACGUGGACCCCGGAGCUGGCAGUUUUGAGGGGCUUCCCCACUGAGGCUGAGCGGCAGCAGUGGAAGCAGGAGGGAGUCGCCGGCUCAGAGAGUGGAUCUUUCCUACAAUUGCUGCUAGAAGGGAACUAUGAAGCCAUAUUCUUAAAUUCAUUGACUAAAAAUAUAUUUAAUUCAACAAAGAUGACUGAAGAAAAGAUUGAGAGCUACCUAGAGAAGCAGAUAUUAACAUUCCUGGAUUUCUCAUCAGAUUUGGACAAAAACCAAAGACAACAGCUGAUAUUCUUAAUCGGUGUGAGCAGUUUGCAACUGUUUGUUCAGAGCAACUGGACGGGGCCUCUGGUUGAUUUACACCUGCAGGAGUUUUUGCCGUCUGUUUUGUUUCAGCAGCUCAGUGAGGUGAAAGCAAUGGAUGCAGUUGUUCUGAGUCUGCUCAUUCUAGAUGGUGAAGCAAUCUACAGCCUGACCUCGAACCCUAUCCUGCUGUUAUUGGCGCGAGUUAUCCUAGUGAAUCUAAGACACAAACUGACAGCGAUUCAGAGUUUGCCAUGGUGGACUUUGAGAUGUGUGCAUGUUCACCAGCAGCUGCUUGAGGAACGCUCACCUCAGCUCUUUGCUCUUGCUGAAGGUUGUAUCGAUCAAGUGAUGAAGCUAGAGCAUCUGUUCGUAGGUGAUUCAGGUCGAUAUUUGGCUAUUCAAUUGCAUCUGGAAUGUGCAUAUAUAUAUUUGUACUUUUAUGAAUAUAAAAAAGCAAAUGAUCAGUUCAGCAUUGCUAAAGACAUCAGCAAAUUACAAAUUAAUUUGACAGGUGCUUUGGGCAAAAGGACACGGUUCCAGGAAAAUUAUGUGGCACAACUUAUUCUAGAUGUAAGAAGGGAAGGGGAUGUGUCUUCAAAUUGUGAAUUCAGUCCAGCCCCGACUCCUAAGGAAUAUUUAACCAAGAAUCUCGAGCUGAAUGAUGAUACUGUUCUAAAUGAGAUCAAGUUAGCAGACUGUGAACAGUUUCACAUGCCGGACCUGUGUGCUGAAGAGCUCGCUGUUAUCCUUGGACUCUGCACAGAUUUGCAAAAGAAUAGCCCAGUGCAUCAGUUAGCUGGAGAGGAGCUGCUGGCUUUUACGUCGUGUUUGCUUUCACAACCAAAGUUCUGGGCCAUUCAGACAUCUGCCUUGAUCCUGCGGACAAAACUUGAGAGAGGAAGCACACGCCGCGUGGAACGGGCAAUGAGGCAGACGCAGGCUCUUGCAGACCAAUUUGAAGACAAAACUACAUCUGUAUUGGACCGUCUGAAGAUUUUCUAUUGCUGUCAAGUACCACCUCACUGGGCCAUUCAGCGCCAGCUUGCAAGUUUACUCUUUGAGUUGGGAUGUACCAGUUCAGCCCUUCAGAUAUUUGAGAAGCUGGAAAUGUGGGAAGAUGUUGUCAUUUGCUAUGAAAGAGCUGGGCUGCAUGGGAAGGCAGAAGAAAUCCUUAGGCAAGAGCUGGAGAAAAAGGAAACACCCAGUUUGUACUGCCUGCUUGGCGAUGUCCUCCGCGACCACUCUUACUACGACAAGGCCUGGGAGCUGUCCCAGCACCGCAGCGCCCGCGCCCAGCGCUCCAAAGGCCUCCUGCACCUGCGGAGCAAGGAGUUCGCCGAGUGCGUGCAGUGCUUCGAGCGCUCCGUGAAGAUUAAUCCCAUGCAGCUCGGGGUGUGGUUUUCUCUCGGCUGUGCCUAUUUGGCCUUGGAAGACUACGGAGGGUCCGCGAAGGCGUUUCAGCGUUGUGUCACUCUCGAACCUGAUAAUGCUGAAGCUUGGAACAAUUUAUCAACUUCCUAUAUCCGAUUAAAACAAAAAGUGAAAGCUUUUCGAACCUUACAAGAAGCCCUCAAGUGCAACUAUGAACACUGGCAGAUCUGGGAAAACUACAUUCUCACUAGCACUGAUGUUGGGGAAUUUUCAGAAGCCAUUAAAGCGUACCACCGGCUCUUGGACUUAAGAGACAAAUACAAAGAUGUUGAGGUCCUUAAAAUCCUGGUGAGGGCAGUGAAUGAUGGGAUGACCGACCGCAGCGGCGAUGUCGCAGCCGGCCUCAAAGGAAAGCUGCAGGAGUUACUGGGCAGAGUCACGUCGAGAGUGACAAAUGACGGGGAGCUCUGGAGGCUGUACGCCGAGGUGUAUGGGAACGGGCAGAGCGAGAAGCCUGCGGACAACGAAAAGGCGUUCCAGUAUCUCUCUAAGGCGUACAAGUGCGACAUACAGUCCAGUUGUUGGGAGAAAGAUACCGCGUUGUUUAAGAAGCUGGUGGGGAGAGUCUUAGAGCUGGCACACGUGGCCGUGAGAUGCAGCGAAAGCAGAUCCAGCCCCCAGGAGGCCGUGCAGGCGCUUUCUUCAGCUCGACUGAACUUGCGUGGCUUGUCCUCCAAAGCAAAGCAACUGUUCCCAGAUGUGGCGAGUGGAGCAGUGUCCGCGGAGCUGGCCGCCGAGGUAGCAGCCAUGGACGACGUGGCCGUCGCGCUGCAGGGCCUGAGCGACCAGCUUCGGAGUCGGUGCUGACCGUCGGGCCGUUUCCGGGAGAGGUGCCCGCCCCCCGCUGGGCUCCCUCACACCUGCGUACCCGGAACACGGAGAUCG